ACUGUAUGCACGCGUUCCGCCACAACGUCCAGGACGUCUUGUCUGGUGCUAGAGGGGAGUCAUGUCGGACGGUAUUCAGAUAACGAUCCCCGACUUCGACGAAGAUGACUACAGCUCGACCCCCAUCUUCGGACGCCCGCAAGGCGGCAGCCUCUGGGGAAACUCGAGCUCAGGACAAGACUCGCCUACCAUCCUGACCCCGUUGGCACUUCCAGAACGUGCGGAGAAGUCUUACUUCCAUGCUCGUGGAGACUCCACUACCUCUGAGGACUCGGUGCAUUCUGUGCAGUACAGCGGUCGGAAAGUCAAGUCGCCAUUCGCGCAUUCCGCACAGGCAUCCUUCACUACCAACAAUACCAGCGGUGGUGGAUCCUCAUUUGCGAAGAAGACCUCCUUUGCCUCGCUCCGGAAUGCGUUCAGCAAGAAGUCCACCGACCCCGUUCCUCCCGUGCCUGUGCUGGAUCACCAGGCUUAUCCCGUUCUCAAAAACCCCUUCAAUCGUUCUACUUCUUCUCUAGGGCAUUUGCCGCCAGUACCUCAUCGUCAUCAGCCAUCGCACGCUAGUCCGCCUCAGUUCCGUCCUCCCACACCAGCGUCCACGGAGUCUAGGACUCGCGGUACGUCGUCCAAGGCCCGGGAGCACGCAUAUGCCCGCUCGCAACAUUCGCAAACCGGUUCUAUAUUCCAUUACUCCGAUGCCGGAAGCGAUUAUGGCGGCGGCUUCGCACCUUCUACGCCACCCCCGUUACCUCGCAAACCAAGCGCCUUCGGGGGUAUGUCUACGCUCGAUGAAUCGCACACGAUUUUCGACAUAGAGGACAAGAUCACUAUGGACCCGCGAACCCCGUCGGACUACGCUCUGCACGCCAUCUUUAUUCGGUUCGCCGCAUCCGGUGAGCAACACAUCGACGAGUUUCUGCGGCAGCCUGUGGAUCGUGACGCCAUCCUCACCGAGUUCAUGGGCCCGGGUGUUGACACCAAGUUGGACGAGCUCUUGACUUCGCUAGGGAAAGUCGCGCAGAAGCACGCGAAACCGGUAGUCGAAUCUGUUAUGCGUUGGCGUAAGUCACAGAACGACGGGGUAGAUGAGAGGCUCGUGCACCACCAUCUCUCACUCCCGUCCGGCAGCGCACGAGUCGCGCGGACGCAAGACAUUGCGUCGAUGCUCGUGGAGCGGAAGUCGCUCGCCUCGAUAUACAUCAUGUGUCGUGCACUGCUGGCUGCAACACAGUCCAUGGCCAAGGAUGCGCUAGGCGAAGCUGUUGGACAAAGCUUGGAGGAACUAACCUUCGAGCAGUUCAAGAGACCCGACGUGAAACUGCUCACUCAGUCUGCCAAUCACCGAAUAAAUGCGGAGCUGUACGCGAGGCUGUUGGGUCAAAUUGCCAAUGUCCGCUUUGAGAGCGUGACAGAUCGUUUCUUGACCGAGCUUAAACCAGUAGCAGCGGGUCUAGUGCCGAAAGACGCGGACUUCAAGUACGAGAACCUUGUCCAGGGUCUCAAGCAUGUGCAGAUAAAGGUGUGGCCGCCCGAAGCUUUCGAAGAAGGUGCAGACUUCAUGGCGUCGUUGUCUAAGUCGUUUGAGAACGCGCACGGCAAUCGUCUCAAGACAUCCUUCGCGGAGACCCUCGUAUAUAUGUUGCAUCCAAUUGCGAAGACUGCUCAGGCGGAGGUCAAUCAUCCAGAAUGGGCGAAAGCGAUUGAAGUCAUCUAUCCGAGAGCACGGGACAUGAUGAGCAAGCCCAGAUACUGGCACGUCGCGUACCCACUGGCGGUCACUGCGCUGUGCGUUGCUCCACAGGACUUCUUCGCCAAGAACUGGAGUACUUGUUUGGAGGCUGGUCUGGGCAAGCUCAAGGAAAGGAUGUAUCGCACACAGGUGCUGAAUGCCGUCGUACGUCUCAUCUGGACGUACCUCUAUCGAUGCCAUGAGCCGGCUUCCACAACAACCUCGAAGCUGGAAACGAUAUUAAGGCACUUCUUCCCUGCAAAUCGGCUCUCCAUCACCCCCCCAGAAGAACACCUGGACCCUUUCGUCUACAUGAUGCACUUCGUACUUUCCCGACACUUCGAGUUCGGCAGCGAGAUGUGCCUCGAGCUACUGCAGGAGCGUAACGUCACAGCACAGGGUGCGAGUCUAUCCACCUCAUUGGCACCCGAACGGAUAGCCAUAGCCUCCCGCGCGGUCUUGCUCUCGUUGCACGUUAUGGAGAGAGAGGAGCCGACCCCAUCUUGGCCGAGCGCUACCGACUUCACGAAGCUGCCGAACCGAGAGGACUACCCGACAUCGUCGGAGCCCUUGCCCUCGACGCUGACGUUGAAAGCGGGCUGGUCGGACUUCCUCGACCAUUGCAGUCUAUGUCUCAAGUUCUUUGCUCUCAGCUGUUUCCAGACUGUAGGGAAGUGGUCUUCCCUCGACGAGCAAUGGUCGGCAACGCGCCUCAGCCCGACGUACGAGGAUGCUCACAGCUUCACGAUCCGGCGACAUCCCGAAGGAUCUGUCGCGUACCCCAACCAAUACGUCCCUCAUAUCAGCAUCCUACAGACGGUGUACCAGUCGUGGCCGCGCUGCCUGCAUUCCUCUUUCGCCGUUGAAGAUGCGUACGACAUGCUUAUACGCGGUAUCGUCCACGUAGAACCAGCAGUGGGCGAGGCUGCUACGCAGGCCUUGCAACGGUUCAUGAAUGACCCCGCGCAGGCAUCUGCCUUACUAUCCCGCUUCUCUGCCUUCCUCUUCGACCCAACACUCAUGUGUACCGAGGGAUCCGGACUCAAGCUGAACAUCGAGAGCUCGCGACUCGUGACGUUGUGGAUCACCUUCGUUGAUCAGUGGAUCUAUCGAAUCAAACAGACACCCACGGAGGAACUCAGUGACGAGGACGUGGAGGCCAUUCUAUCUCGUGUGGACGAGAUCGAAGCAGGAGCUUUGUUCCUUCUGACACACUGCAAGCGUUCCGUUUACAUGAAUGGUGUUAGGGCCGUUCGUCUUCUCCAUAUUCUCCAGGUGCAUUUCCAGUCGAUGUUGGUCUCGCGUUACGACGGUCGCACGCCAACAUCGUUCCAUAUUCUUACGGCGCUUCACGACGAACUAGGUCCAGCUGCAUACCUAGACGCAUACGAGGACAUGAUGGACACCACCGAGACCACACGUUUGGAGCAAUUGAAGAAGGCGCCCCACGGGGAAAUCGCGUUGCGACUGGCCGAGAGCGAUAUGGAGCAGGACCGGAAGAUUUGGAUACAUGUAUUCCCAGCGUUGCUCAGACCUUGCAUGGAGGGCAUGCCUCACGCCCUCGUCACAUUCCGGGAACAGAUCGUUGCUGCGGCGAGCCGGUAUCAUCAAUCUAUCGUGCAGCUGGCGGGAGUGCAGAAUAAGACGCCAUUGAAUCUGCCACCGAGGUCUGCGUCCAGCGGAGACAAGGACACAGCCAAGAUACUCAACGACUACGGACGUGUCAUUCUGCAGUGGCACGCGUGGAUCAAGAUACUGUCUGCGACUGCUCAAGUUUCCGAUGUCAGGCCGACCGUGAACUAUCCGAUACGUGAUCACUCCCGUGCCAGGUCUGAGGCGAACUACGAACGUGAUCAGAUGGUGACCACUCGCGACCUCUUCAAAUAUCUCAGCCAGUUCCUCGAUUCUGAACAUCCCGCCUUCCGCAACAUCGCCGUAUCAUGCAUCAGUUCUUCCCCCGCGCGAGCAUAUUCGCAACUACUCGAGGAUCUGAACAUACUCGCUGCCCGUCAGUUCUACGAUGAGCGACCAAAGACUACGGCGGCGCCCUCCGGAGGAGCACGCGCACGUCGUCAAGAAGGGUUCCAUACAGCUGUGGCAGGCAUCUACUACCUGACGGCUCAUCUGUUGCAGGAGCAACGGUCGUCUGGCAAGCAAACCGUCCUUGCGCAUGUGCUCAAGUACAUCCGGAAUAUGCAGACAUUCCUAGCGGCCCCAGAACAUCGCGAUGUCUUCUCUCUCCAAAGGUUGCGACGUUACUUCUGUGGCACGGUCGAACGAUUGUUCGACGGACUCGCCACGCUCAAUGAUUCAGAUCGUUUCAUCCCGGCCCAUAUGCAUCUGUCUCUGUACAGACUAUGCGAAGAAUGGUGUCAGCUGGGGAAGCAGUCGGAGACUGUUACAAGACGGAUUGUGCUCAUGCAGACCGCUGCCGCGAAGUUCCACAUGGAUCCUACAGACCAAGCAGAGAGCAUCCGAAGCUUCCAGUUGGAAACGCGAGCCUUGUCCAACGCUGCCGUUGGUGCCAUGGCGGCCUUGUGCCACAAAGCCUUCUAUCCUCCUGACCAUACGUCUAUGUCCCCGAUGGAUAAGUACGUGUCGGAUGAUGACUUGAAACCUCUGCAUCCAUCUGCAACCCUCGAUCGCCUGACCGCGAUUCUAGCUUCCUUCCAUGAGCCUAAUCAGGAGGCUGGCAAGAAAGCGCUUCGGUCGCUCUUGGUUCAUGCGCCUCCCGACAAACGCUUAAUGGACGAGGUGCUCGUGAGAGCCUUCGUGACGACCCGACAAUUGGGGACCAGUAACGAGCGCUUCUUUGCCGUCGUGGCGGACGUCAUCAGCGAUCCUGCGGUCGUUCAUGGGUUCAGCUUCAGCCAAGCUGUCUGUCUCGGCCUAUCCAACUUGUGCCACCCGCUCUUGGAGAUCCGCCGACGUGCAUUCGCAAUACUUGAAGGGAUUCACCAGCAGUACUCCGGCCUUAUCCCUCUGAUGCAGUUUGAAGCGGCCAUAUGUAGUGCAUCACCUAGCGCCUACCUCCAAGCUCAUCGCUCCUGUUCCGACACUCUUGCUGGAGAGCAUCCCGAACAGGCACCCUUCGUGCUUGCGCAGUUCUCCGAGUGGAUACCCCGCGUAUUGGAUGCCAACGCUCAAGGCAGCCCCCUUAUUCUCUUGCAAACUCUGGAGCACUGGCUUUCCGACAUCGAACUCGUCGAUGACACCGAGGAGUCUGGGUUAUCGCGAACUGGCCGUUCCGUGGUCUUCCACAUGAUGAAGCUGACCUCCCAAUAUGUCGAGCACUAUGCCGAACAGAUCCUCGUCAUGUGGUCACGACUGGUCGACGAGCCCCAUCAGUACAACGGCCUAGCCGUCGUCAAGUACUUGUUGGAGCUGUCGCCCAAAGUCGGGAACGCACCGUUCAUCAGCUGUUCUGCCAAGGUUAUCGCAUGUCUCGUCCAGAGUGUCAUCGGCAGGGAUAUCUUCGUCAACAUCGCUGGAUGCAUACACCCGACACGAAUGAUACCCGUCUAUGAUCACAAGGUCAAGCAGCUCGACGCCGAAGAGAUCGAAGAGUGGUCCGACUUCGACAUUCUAUUCUCUGGCCAGCCAAGGCUCAAUCUCACUCAAUCUCAAUUCGCCCUCCUGUUCCUCUCGGACGCAACACUCGAUCGUCAUUGGGAUCUGGACCAGCAUAUCUGCCCUUUGCUUCAUGCACUGUUCGUCCACAUCGACGACACGCAGCCCUUGUUGCAGCGACGAUGUCGCCACAUGCUCGUCCAACUCCUCCGUUGUUGCAUUUCGGGCUUCGACGAAGUGGCGGAUCGUUCGCUAUUCCGGACACACUCGGAUCUCAAGGCCGCUUUGCAUCGUAUCGAAGAGGAAGUCGAGGCAGAGCGACGAACGGAUCGACAGAUCUCGACGGACGCUGAUGCUAGAUUGGAGCGGUUGUCAGGCGCAGUCCUAGAUCUCAUCGAACCGCUGCAUCCCGAAGUGCGCAUCGACUGGGGGGCAUGGGCAGUGACAUGGGGCACGGCCUCUGUGAAGCGCGAGAUAGCCCAUCGUUCCCUACAGCUGUAUCGUGCGCUCUCGCCGCCCGUCAGCCCGGCGAACGUCGCGGCUUUCUUGGGACGCCUCUGUAGUUCUAUCGCCGACUCAGAACCUGGGAUCAGCAAAUUCAACGUGGAGAUGAUCGACACCUUGAAGGCUAUGGUGUCCUGGGUCAGUCUUGACUCAACACUAAUCCCUGUGUUGUUCUGGUGCGCCCUGGCUUGCCUGUCGACCACAGUGGAGGAUGAGUUCCUUCAUACGCUCGAGCUGUUGGACGCGUUGUUGGGCAGACUGGACUUGGACGACCCGGAGACCAUGCAGGCUCUCCUCGACCACAAACCGGAGAAUUGGCAAGGCCCCUCAGCCCUGCAGCCAUGCCUGCUUACCGGGCUACGUGCUUCCAGCACAGCAGCUUUGACAUUUAAGUUGCUGGAGCGCCUCUCGAAGGUCAACAAUGGCAGGCUCAUAGAUCCGUCCGAGGGCCGCGUCCGCGAUCUCUAUGUCGUCGCACUGCCUUGCUGUCUGCAAGCCAUGAUCGAUGGCAAACAGGACGUAGAUCUCCAGGAGUUUGCGCUGAGCAUCUGCCGGCUGGCGGAAGAAGAGGCCCGCCCGAGCAUUGUCCGAAUCAUGACUUCUUUCGCCAAGAGUCGGUUCCGUACCAAGGAAGACUUCUUGCGGGAGUCGGUUGCCAGCCUCCGCGAGCAUUAUGGAUCGGAGCACUGGACAAACGUGAUCACACUCCUGAUGGGUCUUGUCCUCAACAAGGAGCAGUGGCUGCGAAUCAGCACGAUGCAGAUCCUGAAGGUCUUGUUUCAACAACGAGAGACGCGGCGACCUGUCGACCUCCUCGGCUCAGAGCUCCUGAUGCCUUUGCUGCGCUUGCUCGAGACCGACCUCGCAUCGCAAGCGUUGGAUGUCCUCGAUGAGCCCAUGCAGAUAUCUGGCGGACCUGCGGCCAAGCACGUCCUGCGCAUGAGCCUGUACACGCAUCUGCGUGCUGACGCCAAGGAGGUCGAGUCGGUUGCAGAGAUCUUCGGCAUUCCACAAGAGUCGGGCUGGUGCGUCCCGCGCUCCGAUGCUCUCCGCAAGACGUGCAAGCAGAACCUAUACGCGCUACGGCUCGUCGUGCAUCCGCAUGAUCCGGACCAACCCCUGUCGCAGACCGAGUAUCCCCAGAUGACUCCGCCUUACGACGAGCAACUGCAUCAAGAAGACGACCUCGGAGAGAUGGUGCAGAAUCUCCACGAGCUCAGCGCGUUCUUCAAGGAGGAACGUUCCGCCGCCCCAGAUGCUAACAGGCAGUUGGAAGCGCGUGUCGCUGCUAUCCUAGCGAAGUCCACAGAUGCUACUGGCGACAUCCCGCAGACACCCUUUGCUGACGUCUUCGACGUCGAUGCUGUCGAGCCAGCCUCGCCAUACGAAGAUUCAGAUGACUCCGAUUACGAUACUAGUUCUGACCUGUUUGAGUUUGACUCUCCUUCCAUCUCUCGCUUCACACUGAACACCUCACAUCACUAUUGACCAGAAGUUUCCCGUUCGUUUGCGCUUGCUUUGUCGCUGCUCGUUCAAUAGAUUGUCGUGCACUGUACUCUACCGCACUCGUAUGUAUUCUUAUGUAUAUAUGCCGCAUUGGGACUUUGGGGACUACAUAUGAUCGCACAAGCACGACUUUGCGUCUUUAGCUCUGACGUUGUGAUCAUUCUCGCCAGUUGGGUAACUGUUGUUGUUUCCCUUGACUACUUAGUCCAUUCGAUGAUAUAUAGGUUUUGUGUGUGC